CGACCGGCAGCGGGUUUCCGGGCGGGGCCGUGCGGGCGGUCCCGGGCGGAGGGCGGGGGUCGCGGGGCCGCAGCUCGGGGUCGGCGCCUGCGGCUGGGCGCGGCGCAGCCAUGGAGGGCGGAGGGCGGCCGUCGCUGGGCCAGGUCCUCCUCCUGGGCACCAGCUCCGUGGUCACCGCCGUCCUGUACUCCGUGUACCGGCAGAAGGCCCAGGUCGCCCGGGAGCUCAAGGGAGCUAAAAGAAUCCACUUGGGUGAAGACUUGAAGAGUAUCCUUUCAGAAGCUCCAGGAAAAUGUGUGCCUUAUGCUGUUAUUGAAGGAGCUGUUCGAUCUGUUAAAGAAACGCUAAACAGCCAGUUUGUAGAAAAUUGCAAGGGGGUAAUUCAGCGGCUGACACUGCAGGAGCACAAGAUGGUGUGGAAUCGAACAACCCACCUUUGGAAUGACUGUUCAAAGAUCAUUCACCAGAGGACUAACACGGUGCCCUUUGACCUGGUGCCACACGAGGACGGCGUAGAUGUGGCUGUGCGAGUGCUGAAGCCCCUGGACUCGCUGGACCUGGGCCUGGAGACUGUGUACGAGAAGUUCCACCCCUCCGUCCAGUCCUUCACGGAUGUCAUCGGCCACUACAUCAGCGGUGAGCGGCCCAAAGGCAUCCAGGAGACGGAGGAGAUGCUGAAGGUCGGGGCCACCAUCACGGGGGUGGGUGAGCUGGUCCUGGACAACAGCUCCGUCCGCCUGCAGCCGCCCAAGCAGGGCAUGCAGUACUACCUGAGCAGCCAGGACUUCGACAGCCUGCUGCAGAGGCAGGAGUCGAGCGCCAGACUCUGGAAGGUGCUGACGCUGGUGUUUGGCUUUGCCACAUGUGCCGCCCUCUUCUUCAUCCUCCGAAAGCAGUACCUGCAGCGGCAGGAGCGACUGCGCCUCAAGCAGCUGGAGGAGGAGUUCCGGGAGCACGAGGCGCAGCUGCUGAGCCGAGCCAAGCCCGAGGACAGGGAGAGUCUGAAGAGCGCCUGCGUCGUGUGUCUGAGCAACUUCAAGUCUUGCGUCUUCCUGGAGUGUGGGCAUGUCUGUUCCUGUGCUGAGUGCUACCGCGCCUUGCCGGAGCCCAAGAAGUGCCCCAUCUGCAGACAGCAGAUCACCCGGGUGAUUCCCUUGUACAACAGCUAACGGUCUGGACGCCCCACAGUUAGACAGGGGAGGACCCCCCUUUCAGGGAUUUUUAUCUCGAGGCCUUUAGAAGAGCAGUGGUGGGGCAGCUGUUCCCUCCAGGUGUGGUUGUGUGAUGGAGGGAGGGAGGUGGGGAACUAUCCCGAUCUCACACGUCCAGCAACAGGACAUUGCCUCUCCAACGUGAGAGGGGACCCUUUCCACCACAGCGUGAGAAUCAUAGCCCCACCCUGGGGUGGGUGUGUUGGCACGGCGUCCCUUCCCAGCAACCAGCCCAGUGUGUGUGACUGAGAACACCUCAUUGCUUAAGUGCCAAAGCCAAUGACCUUCAGCUCUUCUGCUUCUGUGUCUUCUGGUCCUUUCUGGUGAAUUGUUGAUUCCUGUGGACUUGAGCCUUGAAUGACUCAGCCAGAGGGGAGGCAGAAUUGGGCUCUGAGUGUGGUGUAUGCCUCGCAGAGCUGCCUCUGAAGAGACUCUAUCAUAGUCUUUCUUCCUUUUGCUUACACCCCAGCAAAAAAUUGUCAGGCUAGACAUGUCACUUGUGUCCCUGUCCCCUCACCUCCUUGCCUCCUAAAUGUGUACUUAUGUAUGUCAGGACAAAAGAAAGUGGAGUCCAGCAUCUGCCUUCCACCUAAAAGGAUGGAACUCUGGUCAGCAGAAGGGAGAAGGGUCACUUGAAGGGACAAUUGGAAUGGUGGUCAUUCGGCAGUCCCCAGCAGUGGUGAAGACAGGGCAGCUUGGCUGCAGCCCUCCUGGUGUCUCCACUGACCCUGGCACGCCUCUGGCCAUGAUUUGGACCUCCUGAGGCCUGAGAGGGCUGAGGGGGGGGGCUCUGGUUUUCCCUGCCUGAGAUGAGCUGGAAAGGCCUCACCACCCGAAGGAAGUGAUAAGGAUACUAAGGACGCUGCUGCCCCAGCCUCCUGGCUUUCUCAGCUUCUCGCCAAGAAACACUAGCCAGCCAGCAUCCUAGCACAGAGCCUUUUCCAGGCUCCCUCCCCGUCCUUUGAAAGUUAACAUCCCAUGGGUGUAGUCACGUUGCCCUUCCCACAUUACUGUCCCCC